AAAAGAAAUCAUCAGCUCGUCAGAGCGCUUUCGUCUAGUUUGUGUGUGCGUUGUCUUCGCGUAGAUUGCAGUUUGAUCGUGCCACAAAACUUCAUACAAAAGGUUUUUGUUCCGUUCGAAUUGAAAACUACUUUUUCCUUAUUCGCGUAAUCCCGUUAAGAAAAUUGCAAGCUUCCGUAUUAGUGGUAUCGAAUCUGGCUGAUCGGACAAGUGCUAACGGAGGCGUAAAGGCAGAGGUCUAAUAGAAAAAAAAAGUUUCCGAGAGACAGUAAAAAUUUGAUUAUAUAAAAAUAUCCAGAAGAAAGGUGGUACGAGGUGAUGAAAAAAGAAAAUCGUUGUUGACAGUGCCAGUGUGCCAGUUUCCAAUUCCAUUGCUUCAUUGGCUUUUCGAUCGUGGAAGUCUGGGGAAAACCGAAUUUGACGAAAAUUGUGCAAUAACGUUGCAUAAAGUAGGGUUUGGAAACAAAAUAGAGCAAGGGCCGUGCUGUGGAGACAGAAACGGGAACAUUAUUUUCAAAGCAAAAUCACGUCAUUCGGCUCUGCUGCAAGAGCAAGUGUGUUGGAGAAAAUCUCGAGGAGGUGGGGUCUGUGAAAGGAAGCGAUGAAAAUAGCACACGUCGAUCAAUUGGUUAUAACCAAAGCAGCAUAAAGUUCAAAUGAAUCGAUUGCAGUGAAACCCGGAAGAAUAGCAGUGUUCCGUUUCUGUGCUGUCUGGCAGUUGUGGUUAAUGCGGUGAGUUUCGUCAUCAUCGUGGAAGCCUCAGCAAAGUAAACCCAGUCCGAGUGAGCCGCUUAGAGGAGUUCCAAUAGAUCAUUCAUAGCUCUGCUCAACAGCUCUGCAGAAGGUGAAGAAAGAGGAAAACAGAUCCAUCUAAUAGAAGAGAAAAUUUCAAAGCGAACACCAAAAACAAACCACACAAAGAUAACACCAAAUUUUGCCUGUACCAGCUUCGAAAGCGUACCCGUCGAACACCCCCUAAUCAAGAUGACAGCAACAGACAACACGAUACGGUUCAGUGACCACACCAUGGACAAGGCGACCAAGGCGAAAGUAACACUUGAGAACUACUACAGUAAUCUUAUCACCCAGCAUGGCGAACGGAAACAGCGGCAGGCUAAGUUAGAGGCCUCGCUCAAAGACGAAGCCCUGUCGGAGUCUCAACGGCAGGAAAAACGGAUGCAGCAUGCCCAAAAAGAAACCGAAUUUCUUCGGUUGAAACGUUCACGGCUUGGGGUGGAAGAUUUCGAAGCACUCAAGGUGAUAGGCCGAGGAGCGUUCGGUGAGGUGCGGUUGGUUCAGAAAAAAGAUACCGGACAUGUGUACGCAAUGAAGGUACUGCGGAAAGCCGAUAUGCUGGAAAAAGAACAGGUGGCUCACGUCCGAGCAGAGCGUGAUGUACUCGUAGAAGCCGACCAUCAAUGGGUUGUAAAAAUGUACUAUAGUUUUCAGGAUUCGGUCAAUCUGUACUUGAUUAUGGAGUUCCUACCAGGUGGCGACAUGAUGACCCUGCUGAUGAAAAAAGACACCCUUUCGGAGGAGUGCACCCAAUUCUACAUUACCGAAACGGCCCUGGCAAUCGAUUCGAUCCAUCGGCUUGGGUUCAUCCAUCGAGACAUUAAACCGGAUAAUCUUCUACUUGAUGCACGUGGACACUUGAAACUGUCGGAUUUUGGGCUUUGUACUGGGCUUAAAAAGUCUCAUCGGACAGAUUUUUAUCGCGACCUUUCGCAAGCUAAACCCUCGGACUUCAUCGGGACCUGCGCCAGUCCAAUGGACUCCAAACGUCGCGCUGAGAGCUGGAAACGUAACCGACGAGCAUUGGCUUACAGUACCGUGGGAACGCCGGACUACAUCGCACCAGAAGUGUUCUUACAGACUGGUUACGGUCCUGCUUGCGACUGGUGGUCCCUUGGCGUGAUCAUGUACGAGAUGCUAAUGGGCUAUCCGCCGUUUUGUUCGGAUAACCCCCAGGAUACAUAUCGAAAGGUGAUGAACUGGCGCGAGACACUGAUCUUCCCACCGGAGACACCGAUUUCGGAAGAGGCACGAGAUACGAUCGUUAAGUUUUGCUGUGAGGCGGAACGAAGGCUGGGAUCACAGCGUGGUAUUGAGGACUUGAAGUUGGUAUCUUUUUUCAGGGGAGUCGAUUGGGAACAUAUUCGGGAACGACCAGCCGCCAUUCCCGUGGAGGUUAGAUCGAUUGACGAUACGUCCAACUUCGACGAUUUCCCCGACGUUGCAUUGGAAAUACCCGCUCAUCCCACACCCGAAGGCGAGGUUCUUAAAGAUUGGGUCUUUAUCAACUACACCUUCAGGCGGUUCGAAAGUCUUACGCAGCGUGGCACGCCAACGAAAAAAUAAGUUCGCACUCCGCAGUCCAGCUUCCAAAAUCUCUUACUAUUCUAAUCAACUGCGUUUUUUAAAAAACAAACUACAUCUGCUGCACGGUUCCAACCAACUUUGACGGAGUUGAGCGCGAUAGGCAGACUGUCGUUCGACAAACAUCAUAGAGAAGAAGAAAAAAAGUAUAUAUAACGACGUAACCGUAAUAACACAACCCGCUCGGGUUUGAGCAGGGCAUUAACAGAAUGACUCAAUUGAAUGGUGUAAUUUAGUAUCCUCUAUAAGCAGUACAGAUGUAAACAAAAAAAAAGAAAAUCAAAGAAUAUCGAUAAUGCAAGCUAAAUUAGCGAGAUUUUGCUUUCCAUUUGCUUUUAGAUCGAUUUAUUGUGUAGUUUUUCUCUCCAUAUUUUCCAGCUUUCACAGCCAAGUAGACUUAUGUAACAUUAUGUUAAUGAUAACAAUGAAACGCUUGCUUAGCAAAUAUGAUGUCACAUAUUUUGUUACAAAAGAGAGAUUCACAUCUGACACAGACAUCCAGCUAAAACUUACUAAUAAUUUUUACCCAUGCCCCAGCAAAGCAAAAAAUAUGAACAAAAAAAAAAAACAAACAAACCAUAUUCCGUUCUAAUGCAUAGGUUAGUUGAAAAAGUAAUGAACUAUUUAGUGAGGAAGACAGCAAAGAAAUCCAUGUGCAACUUCAGUUGAAACGUCCUAUCUGACAGAGUAAAUCUACUGAUACAUAAUUAUAUCGAAUGCAAGUACCGAUUAGAGAAGGGAGCAACUAAAUGAGAGAGCAUUUCUAGCAGAAAUGAGAAUAUAAAGCUAAAUAGUAUUAGUAGGUAGUUAUUAUUUUUAAAAAACCAUUAUUCUAAUUUUAUGUUACAAUGUUUUAGGUUACUAGAGCAAGCCAACACACUUAUUUCGAUAGGCAAGAAGAUGCAGUGUUCUGUUUAGUUGUGUAUAUAAUCAAGUUCAAAUCGGGAACCAGUUGUGCGGCCCGAAUUUUUUUCCAUGCUAAAAAAGUUUACAACACUUUGAUUUAUUUCUGUUUGCUAGAAGCAAAAGUUGGUCAGCUAUCAAAAAGCUCUUGUUUUUUGGGUUUUAUAGAAAUUUUAUUUAUAUUAUUACCGUGCAAAAAGGAAUAAAGGAAAGAUCAACGCAUAUAUUGGGGAAAUAGUAUUGUGUUUUUGUUUUCGCUUGCUUCAUGAUGAACAAAAAACCAUUGUACUUUUGUAGGCAGAAAAAUGUGUUAAAGUGAAAUUUAUUGAUGAAAAUAGACGUAGUUAAUUUUUAUCCCUUUCCUAAAGUAAGGACACCACUAUUCCCAUCCCAACCCUGUAAAUGAAGUGCUGUUUUGUUUCCACAACACCCCCGAAUUGCAUUCACGAAGCUAAACACAGCCCUAUACUGAUGAAUAAAGUGAUACAUAGAUUAACUGGCGAUGAUAAA